AUGCUACUGAACAAACGUUUGUACUUUGCUGGCGAAGCGACGAGCGAAGACUGGUACGGCUAUAUGCAAGGUGCUUACUGGACCGGUGACGAGAAAGGGAACAUGAUCGCUGAGAACAUCUCUCUAAGUGAAUCUUCCACAAAACCGGGAAAACCAAAAAAUGAUGCAACCUCCGUCAAAGUGUCUUCAGUAGAAAUCUUGUUACUUCCUCUUUGGUAUGUAAUCGUGUGGAAAUAUGAUCUGCUUGAAAACGUGGCAAACUUUGAGAAGAAAAUUUGGAGGAUGGAGAUACAGCAAACGAAAGACGCCAUUGUCAGGGAUGGAGCAGGCAUAAAUUAUUCGCUGCGACUAAAUGCCCUGCAGCCGGGCACGGUCUCAGUUAGACUAAAUGGCCAGCAAGUGUUCAUCAUGUGUAUGAUCAUAUGCAUAAUCCUGUUUGUGGGGUUUCUGUUUCGGUCUUCACCAAUAAAACAAAAGAAAACUAAAGUCCUUAUCCUUGGUGCCGGACUUGCUGGAAUUAAGGCAGCGAAGACGUUACUGGACAGAGAUAUCACCGACAUUCUGAUUCUUGAGGGAAAGAAUUACACUGGGGGUCGAAUAAAUGUCACCGAGUUUGCGAACUACCCGAUUGAAACGGGAGCGAACUGGAUUCAUUUCGUAAAUGACAACGGAACCAAACCUAUCGUGGAACGAAGGAACGCAAUAAAAAUGCAAGGUCUUACCUCUAAUUACUCAGACAUAUUGGUGAGGGACGAAGCAGGAAACGAUAUCACUAAUUUUACAGUUCUGCGUGAGUUUUAUGAUAAAAUCGAGCACAAAAUUGAAGACUACAAAGUAAAAUGGGAGGGCCAGCCAGACUUCUCCGCCCGUGUUGGUUUGCAGAGGAUGGGAUGGUCAGCUGAACAACCCAUAAAAAGAGUAAUUGAAUAUUUCAACUUCGAUUUCGAAUUUGCGAGGUCUCCAGAAGAGGUUUCCUUUCACAACAUGUUUGAGCGCGGAGAAGACUUUUUCAUCGCUGAUGGGCGAGGAGUAUGGUCCAUGUACGAAGAUCUUUACAAGCCAUUGGGAGCGAAGACUUUGCUGGGCAAAUUAGUCACAAAGAUCAAGUAUAAUGCGGAUUCCGUUGAAGUACAAACCUCCGAUGGAUGGAGUUACCAGGCAGAUUAUGCCCUUUGUACAUUUAGCUCCGGAGUUCUGGCCAGCGACUUGGUUACUUUCGAGCCAGCCCUUCCAGAUUGGAAAAAAGAGGCCAUUUAUAAAAACCCGAUGUCGCCUUACACAAAAAUUUUUCUAAAAUUUCCACAAAAGUUCUGGGAUGAUCACGAAUAUAUUCUGUACGCUUCCAAAGAGCGCGGGCGUUUCCCCGUGUGGCAGGACCUGUCAAGACCUGGGAUCUUUCCCGUUUCGAGUGGAAUGUUGCUGAUCACUGUGACAGGGGCUCAAGGACGAAGGAUUGAGGGGCAAUCAUUUAAUGAAACAAAGGCAGAGAUCAUGGGAAUGUUGAGAGAGAUCUACGGGAAUGGCAUCCCUGAAGCAACAGAUAUCUAUUAUCGGCGUUGGUCAAAGGAGCCACUGACGCAAGGUGCAUAUGCAGAACCUGUGGUGGGUAUGACUUCUGAAGACUGGGAGAACAUUGGAAAAAACCUGGGACGUCUGUACUUUGCUGGCGAAGCGACGAGCGAAGACUGGUACGGCUAUAUGCAAGGUGCUUACUGGACCGGUGACAAGAAAGGGAACAUGAUCGCUGAGAAUAUCUCUUCAAGUGAAUCUUCCAGAAAACCGGGAGACCCAAACAGUGAGGCAACCCCCACCAAAGUGUCGUCAGUAGGAAUAUUGUUGCUCCCUCUUUGCCUUAUAAUCGUGUGGAAGUAA